UUCCCUUUAAUUUGUAUGUGAUUCAAUAUAUUGUGCAUGGGGCACAAGUCGUAAAGGAAGCAGUUUAGGACCCAAAUGCUUUUAAGCAUUAAAAUAAAUUGUGGGUAAAAAAACACGUCAAAAUUAAAAAAAAAAACAAUUCAUAAAAGAGGUUUAGUGGGUCCUAAAAAAAAACCCAGUGAUAGUUCUGCCUGUCCAAUAAUGAUUGUGUGUGUGGACAGUGGUAUAAUAUGAUAAAUGACAACAAAUAAUCUUUCAUCAGAAAUAGGACGUAUAAGCCUGAAAGCAAAUAAAGGGAAUCCUCUGUGUAUAUAAGGAGCACACGCUGGCUGUGUAAGGGCAAGCAACAAAGUGCUUACAGACAGGGAAUACUUCCGAUAUUACACAAUCACCCAGCAGCUGUGGUCUUAAAUAACAAUGAGAGUUCUUGGAAUAUUCCCAUUACAUCGGACUGGGAAUUCCCCAUUGGCCCUGUACAUAGACCCCGCCUCCUUCCUUGUGAAGCAGCAUGAGCACAAGUCACUUGCAGUUAGUGCAGUUACAGUAGACAUGAAGCACUUUCCAGCCGGGGAUUUAGAGGGGCUGCAGCAGGUCGGGAAAGGGGGAUUCGGAACGGUCUAUAAAGGAUGGAGUCGGAGUUUGAAUAUGGAAGUCGCCCUGAAAACUUUUCAAGGAGCACAAAGUUUCAGCAUUAAUAAGCUAAUGAAAAACAUACUGAAGGAAAGAGAAGUGAUGGAGAAAGCUAGCAAUCCAUUCGUCAUUCUUCUUCUCGGUAUGUAUGAGAGACAGGAAGGGCAAGCUAUUGAACAUGGCCUCGUCAUGGAAUACAUGCCCAAUGGAAGUCUUCGCUCUUUGUUUGACAUUACGGAUGUGCCGUGGGCUCUGAGGUUUCAGAUGCUCCACCAAGUGGCCUUGGGAAUGAAUUACCUUCACACGCUUCAUCCUCCCAUUAUUCACAGGGACUUAAAGCCAAGCAAUGUUCUUCUCAAUAAGCACUUUGAUGCUAAGAUCACAGACUUUGGAUUAUCCAAAAUCGUUGGUGCAACAACUUCGGCAGUGCCCUCUUUUGCUGGAACUCCAUCUUACAUGGCUCCAGAAGCUCUCGUUGACCUUAAUUACAAACCCACCAUGGCGUUUGAUGUGUACAGCUUUGGCAUCUUGAUUUGGACAGUCCUCUCUGGUGAAGAGCCCUUCCCUAAUGCAUUUCUAGAAUUGAUUCAGUUUGGAGUACCAAAGGGGCAGAGGCCUAGUCUGGAAGUGCUGGAUCCCCUGAAUCACAUUAAAAUGGUGCCAGAAGCCAAAGAAUUAAUGAUAAAGUGCUGGAGUGGAAAUCCUGAUGCCAGGCCCAGAUUCCUUGAAUGCAGCCAUUCGACAAGGCUCACAUUUGAGAAGUACAGCAAUGAGAUACAGGAUGCCAUUCGGACAAUGCAAGAUCUCAAACAUCAUUCCCAGGAUCAGAUAUUAGAAGACCCAGGAUAUGACAGCACCUCUCAAGAUGCUAAUCAAGUUAUAGCAGCAAUUAAUGAAGACUCCGAAGAUAUGAAAAAAGCUGAGAAAUCAGAAGAUGCAGACAAUGAAAGCUCUUCUAAAAAGAGAAUUGUAAAGAAAGCAGCAAUUAAAAAAGACUCCGAAGAUAUGAAAAAAGCUGAGAGAUCAGAAGAUGCAGACAAUGAAAGCUCUUCUAAAAAGAGAACUGUAAAGAAAGCAGCAAUUAAAAAAGACUCCGAAGAUAUGAAAAAAGCUGAGAAAUCAGAAGACGCAGACAAUGAAAGCUCUUCUAAAAAGAGAACUGUAAAGAAAGCAGCAAUUAAAAAAGACUCCGAAGAUAUGAAAAAAGCUGAGAAAUCAGAAGACGCAGACAAUGAAAGCUCUUCUAAAAAGAGAACUGUAAAGAAAGCAGCAAUUAAAAAAGACUCCGAAGAUAUGAAAAAAGCUGAGAGAUCAGAAGACGCAGACAAUGAAAGCUCUUCUAAAAAGAGAAUUGUAAAGAAAGCAGCAAUUAAAAAAGACUCCGAAGAUAUGAAAAAAGCUGAGAGAUCAGAAGAUGCAGACAAUGAAAGCUCUUCUAAAAAGAGAAUUGUAAAGAAAGCAGCAAUUAAAAAAGACUCCGAAGAUAUGAAAAAAGCUGAGAGAUCAGAAGAUGCAGGAUAUGACAGCUUUUCUAAAAAGAGAACUGUAAAGAGAGUUGUAGCUGCAAUUGAUAAAGAAGAAAAGAAAAAAAAUGUGCAGCCACAGGCAGUUGCAGCAUUCAAUAAAACUACAAAUCCUAUUAAGGAUAAGAAUAAACCGUCAGACAAAGGAGGGGCAAUUAGCAAUGCUAUAGAAGCCAUAAAGGAAUCUCGGGAUUAUGACCGUAUCAAACAUUGUGCCGAAGACAUUGGCAAGACUGUGGAAAAAGGUGGACAAGAAAUUGGAAAAGUUUACAAGGACUAUAGUGGUGAAAUAAGCCGAAAUAAAAUUUCAGGGCUUUGGGAAUCUAUAAAGAAAUUAUUUUAAUAAUUCUUCACCUUACCAAAAAGAUACACUUGCAGGACAUGUUGCUGUCUACAAAUUCAACAAACUGGCUGGAUCUAGCCACCAAUCCACAUUGCAUGUUCCCACAAUGAGACUCUACAUAUCCUCUAUGCACUGCUUAUCUGGAAUAUCCAGGCACUAAAAUAAUGUGCUUGUAUAACAUACCACAAUUUAAUGAUGAUGAUGAUGGUAAGACUUCAAUGGAAUCUGCUGGACCUUGAAUUGUUCUCACACCUUCAGUAUGAAACAAAGGUUUUCAGAGGACACAGUUUUAGUUACAAUAGAUUAUUGUAUAACAGAUUCCAAAAUAUAUUACACCCUCUCCGAAUACAGCACAGUGCCCCCUGGAUAUGUUUACAGUUACCAUAGAAAAUUAAGCAGCAAACUUAUUUUGUAAAUUCUUUAUUUAUAGAUAGUUUUGUAUUGGAGGCCAAG